AGAAAACGACCAGCCACGGAUCCAACAUGGCGGAAGAGGAGGUGCAGAAGCUGCAGAAGCACCUGUCCCUGCUUCGGCAGGAGUACGUGAAGAUGCAGCAGAAGCUGGUGGAGACAGAGAGGAGGUGCUCCAUGCUGGCUGCUCAAGCAUCUGGCCACGGUUCAUCCUCCCAGCCCAGCGACUCCUUCAUCAGCCGCCUGCUGGCCAUCGUGGCUGACCUCUACCAGCAAGACCAGUACAGUGACUUGAAGGUGAAAAUCGGACAGCAGAGGCUGAGCGCUCAUAAGUUUGUGCUUGCAGCCCGCAGUGACAGCUGGAGUCUGGCCAACCUGGCCUCAACCUCUGAGCUGGACCUGUCAGAGGCCAAGCCGGAGGUUGCCAUGGCGAUGCUGCACUGGGCUUACACGGACGAACUGGAGCUGAGCGAAGACGACACUUUUCUCAUCGACCUGAUGAAGCUGGCCAAUCGCUUCCAGCUCCACCUGCUACGAGAGAGGUGUGAGAAAGGAGUGAUGUCCUCAGUGAACGUGAGGAAUUGUAUCAGAUUUUACCAGACGGCCGAGGAGCUGGACGCCACCACGCUGAUGAAUUACUGUGGUGAGAUCAUCGCCAGCCACUGGGACGACCUGAGGAAAGAGGACUUCAGCACUAUGAGUGCCCAGCUGCUGUACAAGAUGAUCAAGUCCAAGACAGAGUUUCCCCUUCACAAGGCCAUCAAAGUCGAAAGGGAGGAUGUGGUUUUCCUCUACCUUAUAGAGAUGGAUGCACAGUUGCCAGGGAAGCUGAAUGAGUUGGACAAUAAUGGAGACCUGGCUCUGGAUCUGGCCUUAUCGAGGAAGCUGGAGAGUAUCGCCACCACACUGGUCAACAACAAAGCAGAUGUGGACAUGGUGGAUCAGAGUGGCUGGAGCCUCCUGCACAAAGCCAUCCAGAGAGGAGAUGAAUUUGCCUCCACCUUCCUGAUCCGGCAUUCGGCCCAGGUGAAUGCAGCCACAGUGGGGGCGGUGGAGACCCCCCUGCAUCUCGUCUGCUCUUUCAGCCCAAAAAAACACAGCGCAGAGGUGAUGAGCGGCAUGGCCCACAUUGCCGAGGCCCUCCUCAAAACUGGCGCCAACCCCAACAUGCAAAACAGCAGAGGACGAACACCUUUACAUGAGGCAGUGCUGUCAGGAAACGACCCUGUGUUCAACCAGCUUCUGCAGUGCAAACAGUUGGACCUGGAGCUUAAAGACCACGAAGGCAGCACAGCUCUGUGGUUAGCCCUGCAGUACAUUACCGUGGCUGCCGACCCUUCUGUUAACCCAUUUGAGGAUGACGCACCCAUAGUUAACGGCACCUCGUUCGAUGAGAACAGCUUUGCAGCCCGACUCAUACAGAGAGGAAGCAAUCCCGAUGCUCCAGAUGCCUCAGGAAACUGUCUUAUGCAGAGAGCAGCCCUUGCUGGCAGUGAGGCAGCCGCCAUCUUCCUGGCCACCCACGGGGCUAAGGUCAAUCACACCAAUAAAUGGGGUGAGACUCCUCUCCACACAGCCUGCCGCUGUGGCCUGGCCGGUCUGACGGCAGAGCUUCUCCAGCAGGGAGCCAACCCUAAUCUGCAGACCCAGAGUGCCCUCCCUGACAGUGACCGGAGCCAAGGAGUGUCCUUGCAGAGUCCUCUCCACAUGGCCAUUGUCCACAACCACCCGGACGUGGUGUCUGUUAUACUAGAACAGAAAGCAAAUGCUCUUCAUGCCACAAACAACCUACAGAUCAUCCCUGACUUCAGCCUUAAAGACUCCCUGGACCAGACUGUGCUUGGACUUGCCCUCUGGACAGGAAUGCACACCAUCGCCGCCCAGCUCCUGGGAUCAGGUGCAGCCAUUAAUGACACCAUGUCGGAUGGUCAGACUCUCUUGCACAUGGCAAUCAAACGACAGGACAGCAAGAGUGCCCUCUUCCUGCUGGAGCACCAGGCAGACAUCAACGUCAGGACGCAGGAGGGCCAGACAGCCUUGCAGCUAGCCAUCAGUAACCAGCUCCCCCUGGUGGUUGAUGCCAUCUGUACACGAGGAGCGGACAUGUCGGUGGUGGACGAGAAGGGGGAUCCUCCCCUGUGGUUGGCUUUAGAGAACGGCUUGGAGGACAUCGCCUCAACAUUGGUCAGGCACGGCUGUGAUGCGACCUGCUGGAGCACGGGACCCGGAGGCUGCCAGCAGACGCUGCUCCACAGAGCCAUCGAUGAGAACAACGAGGUGUCUGCCUGCUUCCUCAUACGCAGUGGUUGUGACGUGAACAGCCCAAGAAGGCCUGGUCCUAACGGUGAAGGAGAUGAGGAAGCAAGGGAUGGCCAGAGCCCCCUUCACCUGGCCUCCUGCUGGGGGCUGGAGGAUGUGGUGCAGUGCCUUCUGGAGUUUGGAGCCAACGUCAAUGCUCAGGAUUCUGAGGGACGGGCCCCAAUCCAUGUGGCCAUCAGUAACCAGCACAGCGUCAUCAUCCAGCUGCUCAUCUCCCAUCCAGACAUUCGUCUCAACCUGAGAGACAGGCAGGGCAUGACCCCGUUCGCGUGCGCCAUGACACACAAGAACAACAAAGCAGCAGAGGCCAUCCUCAAGAGAGAGCCUGGAGCAGCCGAGCAGGUGGACAACAAAGGACGGAACUUCCUGCAUGUUGCUGUGCAGAAUUCAGAUAUUGAGAGUGUGCUUUUCCUGAUCAGCGUGCAGGCCAACGUCAACUCUAGGGUGCAGGAUGCCGCCAAGCUAACCCCACUUCACCUCGCUGUGCAGGCCGGUUCUGAGAUCAUCGUCCGCAACCUGCUUCUAGCAGGUGCUAAAGUGAACGAACUGACAAAACAUCGUCAGACGGCUCUUCACCUGGCAGCGCAGCAGGACCUGGCCACUAUAUGCUCUGUGCUGCUUGAAAACGGCGUUGAUUUUGCUGCUGUUGAUGAAAAUGGCAACAAUGCUCUACAUCUGGCUGUGAUGCAGGGUCGUCUGAAUAACGUGAGAGCUCUUCUUACCGAAUCAAACAUUGAUGCCGAGGCCUACAAUCUCAGGGGCCAAUCUCCAAUGCAUGUCCUUGGGCAUUACGGGAAGGAGAAUGCAGCAGCUAUCUUUGAGCUGUUUUUGGAAUGCAUGCCGGAGUAUCCUCUAGACAAACCAGACAAUGAAGGGAACACAGUUCUUCUCCUGGCCUAUAUGAAAGGAAACGCCAACCUGUGCCGCGCCAUCGUAAGGGCUGGCGCUCGUCUGGGUGUCAACAACAAUCAGGGCAUCAACAUCUUCAACUAUCAAGUGGCCACUAAGCAGCUCCUCUUCCGCCUUCUAGAUAUGCUGUCCAAAGAGCCUCCAUGGUGCGAUGGUUCAAACUGCUACGAAUGCGCUGCCAAGUUUGGAGUCACUACGAGAAAACAUCACUGCCGCCACUGUGGCCGCUUGCUCUGCCACAAGUGCUCCAUCAAGGAGAUCCCCAUCAUCAAAUUCGACUUGAACAAACCAGUCCGCGUGUGCGACAUCUGCUUUGAUGUGCUGACUUUGGGUGGAGUGUCCUAACACAUCAAAUGGGCCAUGUGGAGAUGGGCACCUGCCAGAACAGGCACACUAAACUGGACAUGGUGGACAGAGAGAGAGUGAAGAGAGAGGGGGUGAGAGCCCUUGGGACUAAAUUUAUGGACCACAGCUAAUACUACUAUUGCAGUCUUUUCCUGACAACCAUAACUAUUAAUGUAUGUUCAAGCACCAACAUCUACCAAGGAUCAAAAGUAGUGCUACCAAGGUGGAGUUUGUAGACCUAGUAGAGGCCAAUGGAAGAAGAGACGGAGGGUGCAGCUGCAGAGGGAAGCGAUUGACCAUUCGUAGACAGUAAUUAGACAUCUGAUGAAGUGUCAGUCAUCAUUUAUAAAUUGAUUUCCAAGUUGGAAGGCCGACAAUUUCGUUGGCGAUCCUUGCUGCUGGAUAUGAAGGGAUUUAAAUUGAGGUGUUCGCUAGGUUAAGUGGUCAUCUCAAGAGACAGUUUGAAGCCUUAAUCGUGCUUGUGUUUUAUUUCUUAGUCCAGAACAAGGAGCAUUUAUAUACCUUUGCUGUUUUCUUUGACCUCUCAAGGUCUGAGGAAGGAGUUUAUCAUCCUAAAGGACUUUGAUCAAUAUGAUAAAAACCAUGUCAGCUGCAUUUCAGUGGAGAAUAUGAGUUUGUUACUUCUGCCGCCUUCUAUGAUUUAAUCUUUGGCCGUGUCUCAUUUAAUUCUAUGAUCAACAUUUAAUCUUUGAAUGAUCUGCAUAUUAAAUGGACCUUUAUUUUGUAUUCUUCCAUUAGCAUUUUUGCAUACUCAUGAAAUACUCGCCAUUGAGCUGUCUCCUUUUCUAACCCGAUUAACAAGCAAAAAUCUUUCAUAUGAAGCCAGAAAGUGAUGCUCUUUUAGAGGGAUUUUAGGUGCAGAAAUAUGAUCAGUUGCCUACUAUGCAUAUGCACAUAUAUAAUUUUAUCACUGUCAUAAUCAUGAUUUAUUCACUUAUGAUCACCAAAGGAUUACAUUCCAUUUUAUUUUUGGCCUAUAAAUGAGUUUUGGUGGAUCAUGCUUUUUUUUUUAUAUAUAUAUAUCUUCAGAUUUGUGCGAUGUCACCUGACAUUAAGCUGACCUAUCAUUUUAAACUCUCAACGCUAAACAGCCGCACUUUAUCAUUUUUUUUUUUUUACGUUUCUGAUCGUAUUUUGAAAGGAGAAUGUGAUGUUCAGGGUUGGAGGAGGCCAGUCCACGGUCCGUUCUAGGUAAUGUUAAAUUGUACAGUUAAUUGUAUAAUAUUUUUGACCACUACAACUGUUUUGUACUUAAAUGCAGUUUGCGCUUUUUUGUCAACGUGACAAACCUAAAAUCUUGCCUCUGUUCGAUCUUUUAUGCACACUGUAUCGUAUCUGUAUGCUCAGAUAUCUAGCCUGUCACUUCCUCUAGUAUCCUUUUCAAGAAAGGGAGGACAACUUUACAUUAAGGUCAUCAGACAAUUAAAGAAAAUCAGUGACAA